AUGAACGACUCCGCUAGCUCUUCAGGAUGGCUUGAAGCACCUGACAGCACUCUUGAGGUGCGAAUGGUGGCCUACUUGUUGAUGGAAAAUCGUGAGACCUUCAAAACCGAUCCACUUGCCGCCGCCACGGUCGAAGAACUGGCAUCCAAGAAUAUUCUAAAUUGGAGCGAGUUCACCAUGUCGUAUGGCAUGCACAUGCCUAUCAUCGACACGGCCAUAGCGACCUUGAAUUGCGAAGGUAUUGCUGCAUUUUUCGACUUUAACAGCAAGCUUUCUCACGAACAAGCCGUCCAAUUCAUCCGAGAGAUCAAUAUUCAGAGCUGGGACCCAGUUGACCUUGAGCCUGGCUUUGUUCAAUACCUUCACGAAAUCUUGUGCUCAAAUGUCGACAAUGGGCAGUCUGGCGAUAACGAGUCAAAGCUAGGAGAUAGUCUCCCCAAGAAGAACAUCGGCCUUUUUCUUUUCCGUUGUCGCCGAUCGUUCCCAUCCCUGGAUAUACACAAAGACUUCAUUCUCCAAGAGGUCAAGCGUAUAUUGUCUGCUUGCGAGGAGCCUGUUCAAUCUCGCCCUCCGACGUCGCCGCAGAGCGAUCUACCUAUGCGACUUAGACUAUCUCGACUAGUUUCUUACGCCGAAGUUCAUCUCGGCCUAUCAGCUAUCAAGGCGUAUCUGGAAGUACCGGCCAUGCGUGCAGACAAAUCCCUGGAGGAACUUUAUGGUCCUAAUUGGGUCGAGGUGACAAGCAUAGAAAGCUACGUGACGAAGCUGUCAAAUACGGACGACUGUAAGGAGGCGUUGUCGUUGCUCGAGCUACUUGGUGCCCUCAAGGUUUAUCAGUAUUGGAGGAUGAAGAUGGACCGGGCCCUGCAGUCCGACAAGGAAGAUAUCAUGAACGAGAUGAUGCAGUCUGUGGAGCUGAGCGAUUCAUGA